ACACGCUAUACUACUAUAAACGCGUACAUUAAACACACACGUCAAAGUCGCGAGUGUAAUACCGAAAAACCAGGGUCCUUGAAACGAAAGGAAAACAUCGUGGAGAACCUCAUGGUGUCGGUGAAAGAAUCUCACGCAACCUAGGAGCGAUUUGACGCCGUAUUCGAUGUCGUCGUCUCAGUUGCCUGUACGAUUUUAAACAGACUAUUCACACGUUUUAUGGAUAUUUGUCGCGUGUGCCUUCGAAAUUCUGUAGUGUUAGUGGCCGGUGCGCGCAUUGUGCCCGCGUAAGUUUUGCUCCUUUAUCUACAGCACUCUUUAUCGUUCGCAUAAAUCUCGAUUCGGAGAGAACUACAUAGAACGCGCUCGGUACUUUUCGGCACGCGACCGAAUACCUCCGAUCAUCAGUCGCGAGACUUCCCCUUAGUGAUCGAAUAGGGAAGAAGGAACGUGCGAAGAAGAAAAUUUGGAGGAGCGAAACGGACUCGUGUGCCGCUGAUUUCGUUCGGUGGUACAUUCUCGGCAGACAUAACCUGUAUGCGCUCCAUGAACAGGAAGUUUCCUGUGGUAGGAGUGGGUGGUACGAAGAGGGAGACGCCGGUCGAGCCUUAAAUAUCGAUUUUGGCAUGCAAGAGGUACGAUAGCCGUCCGUUUCAGCGUGUCUCCUACCUUUGUGCAUCUCCACGCUGACGAGUUUUGACAGUUGAGUGCGGGAGUAGUGCAUCAAGAGGAAUCGCGUGCAUUUACACGUAACAAAAACAAUAUGGUGGCGUGGUAUUUUCGAGCCGAAAAUUAAAUGCACAGUGAACAAGUGUUUUCAAAUGAUGGAAUUCAAUGUGUGAGUUAACUUGGAUUUUUUUAAGUGUUCGUUGAAAAUGUUGUCCUCGGAUCGUCGAGGGUACAGACAUUUCGUCUAUAAAACGCGUUUGAGGCAGGAAAAUUCGGUGACUAUCGAUCGAUCGUCUCAUUAAUGUUGGCCAAGACACUUUGUUUCUUUCGUUUCGAUAACCAUUCAACGGAAAUUACGUCGCCUUUCGGAUUUUUACGUGUCAACUGUUUCGACCUACGAGUGUAAUCGUCAAAUGUCCUUCAACACUUCCAGCGUUCUCAACCGUAACAAGUGAAGUCUGAAACAAUAGUAACCGAUCGGAGAAGACUGUAAUAUAACUCGAAGAGAAAACAAUUCAACUACGAUAGAAUACAUUUUCAGAACACUCUAAGAGAGAGAGAGAGAGAGAGAGAAAAAAACCCAGAAAUAAGUCAACGAAACUGCCAGUGUCUUCACAGAGAUAACCCCGUAAAAUAUAGGGAACCGUCAACUAUUAUGAUACCCGAAUCACGUUUAUAAAGCCCUUUGUCGCGUUUGCCGAUCAAGUGGACGAUGACAUCAUGGUGCAGCAUUGCCGAUUGAGAACGUGGACAACGGAGCUAGUGUUGGUUAAAUGUCGAUAAGCCCUUCGCACUUGACACCGUUGUCCGUUUUUCAAUGCGUCGAAACUGUCGACGACUCUAAACUCGUCGACGAGGAAAUAUAUUAAGAAUUUUUACUACGUAACAACAGAGGCGUGCUUUUACAGUCGCGCUAGUAAGGAACAUGAACGAGCGAACACGUGAAACGAAUUGAAAAUUUUUCUCGUUACUUGGACGCAACGACGUUCGUUACAUUCUUUUACAUGCAGCAUAAACUCCCGAUGACCGCAUUCACGAAUACUGAUUCUUCGAAUCCUGGAAUGUUCAUCAUAUGAAAGGAGGAGCCAUUUGAAUUAAUCGACUCGUCGUUCUCGUUCGUUUUUCGAAAGCAACAUUUUCGGCCAAAUAGCGUCGCUGACGCGUGAUAAAAAGAAAAAGCUAUAUCAGGAAGAAUGGUUUCGAGAUACGGCGUCUCGAAGGAGGGCGCAGUGGGUGUUGCCGUAGGUGUAGGACCUAUGCACUGUCUCCUUCCACAUUGCGGGGGACCGCAUCACCAUCACCACCUAUCGGCCCCCCAUCCCCAAAAUCCUCAGGCGGGGCACAAUCACCACGUGCAUCCGGCCCAUCAGCCACCACCCUCGCCGAGCCCUCACUUGAAUCACCAGCUGAGCCAUCAUCAACUUACCGUAAACAUCAACCAUCUCAGCCAUCAGCAACAGCAACAGCAACAGCAACAGCAACAAAACCAGCAUCAGCAAGCACCGCCGCAGUAUCGCGUUGUCACUACGAACGUCAGAUCAGAGUUUCAUGUGUCUGGACAAAAUUACGGCACCCAACCAGGGGGCCAGGUGGGCGGGGGAGGGGGUAGCGUAGGAGUACCUGGGGGCAGAGGGCCUCCACCACUCGGCGGCUUACAGUCCAUAGGACAAUCGGGGGUAGGUAUACCGCCAGGAGGUCCUGCUGGAGGGCAAGCACCACCUCAAACCCCAGCACCUGGGGUACAGUCACAACAGCCGCAAGGUCCGGCGCCUACUACGACACCCCCCGUGCAUACACCCUCGCCACAGGAAAUGGGAAAACAGGCUCAUCUACAACCUCAACCACAACCUCUAUCACAAGUAUAUGGGUCUACACAAACGAGGCCGACCACGCAAGGUUAUUAUCAGCAAGGUCCAAGACCGCAACAACCAAGAGGUCUUAGUCACAGGGGGGGUCAAGGAGGUACUGGUGCACAGGUAGUCGGGAUGUCAGGUGUCGCCGGAGGUGGAGGUCAACCAACAGCAAUUUAUCAUCCAGGCGGUUUGCCAGUUCAAUCUGGGACAAUGUAUCCAGUUCCAAAUAUUCAUUCUGGUCUGCAUCAGCAGUCCGUAUACCCCAUGAGCAGUCAAAUACCCCUUCAGUUUGGUCCACCGCAACGACAUCAAACGCAUCAAAAUCAAUCAUAUUUCGCACCAUUUCAACAUUCUACCCUUCUAACGGCACAAAAUAUGUUUGGAUAUGGUGCGCCUACACCAGCUCCUCAACCUUAUUUGUGGCCUACUGGCCAACCAGCGAAUACACCACUAAGUUUAAGUAGAGCAGGUGCGAAUGCUGUUACUGGUGGGGCACAACAUGUUGCAGGCCCGCUGGCCGGUGCCCAAGGAGCCCCAGUAGUACCACAAGGUACGCUUCAGCAAUCUACGCAACAAGCUCAGUCUUUACCCUCAAUGGGUAUAUCUCUUUCUCAGACUGAUGUGUACUCAGGCCAUAACGGUGGUGCAACAAGUACGACGAAUAGUACAAUAAAAUCUCGGAAACCAAGAGGACAAAAUGCUAUUACUGAUAUCGUAGAUCCGUCGACUGGUAAAAAUAUAAGUCACGAAAUUUACAAGGACAAUGAAACUAUUCAAAGUGGUGACUCUAGCAACCGUGACACACCUCGGCCACAGAAUAAUAACGCUGAGGUGCAAGCCGACUUCGCAGCGCGGGUCGCGAAAACUCUUGUGAAAGUCGGGACCGAAGAGUCUAGUUCCGACUCGACGGUACCGACUAGUGUACCAAAUACACCCGCAACUCAAAACGUAACGCAAAGUUUAUCAAAUUCCCAAACAAAUUCUAAUAACGAUGUGAACAGUCAGUGUAGUACCAGUUCACCAACGCAAAAUACACCUAACGUAAUCGCGUUGUGUAGUCAAUCGUUAGGUACUCCUAGUAACAUGGCUCAAGUAGUAGACUUUAGUGCAGUGAAAACGGAGUCUAAACCAUUGCAAAUCUCUGUGAAGGAAUUUCAACCUCGUGGUGAAAUAAAAAGUGUGGUUGUCGAGGAACCACCACCGGCUGCACCACGUAACGUAAACAAGGAUGAUGUUUCUGCGCAGUUAUCCGCAAUGACUGUAACAGAAGUCGAGGUGAAGAGUACGAGUACGAGUGCUUCGCCCACCGUGACACAAGUCCCAAUUCCCCUUGUGACCGCACCAAGUACGAACGUUCCGGAAGUCCCUAAACCGUCCACCACUGCCCCGAGUGCUAACCCGGCUCCUGCCAGAGAACCACUUCCCACUUUAUCCAGUAAGAAUUCAUCGAGUUCACCACCUAGAAGGAAAAGUCAGACUCAUGCUCACAAUCAACCUGCUGCUGCUGCUGUUGCUGCUGCUGCUGCUGCUGCUGCUGCUGCUGCUGCUGCUGCUGCUGCUGCUGCUGCUGCAACGGAGCUGCAUUCAAGUGCCAAAGAGCAGAAGGAGAAGAAAACGAGAGAGAAGAGCCUUAGUUCUAGGGGCGCUACUCCUACUCCUGCUCACAAUCAGUCUGACCAUCAUCCAAAAGCCAAUGGAGACGCGACUAGCGAUAAACCGGAAUCUGAACCUGCUCGAAAUGAAGUUCAGCAACAGAAAACAUCUGAUGGUAAAGCCAUGCAGAAGCAGAAGAGCAAAAACAAACUCAAGCCACGUGAUCUUAAUCGUAAAGGAGCGGAAAAAGAAGGUACAGAUAUGGAUGCUUUCGUGAACACCGUACCGCCGGUGAAAACCGAGACGAAACAAGAUAAUAAAGAUCCACCAGCGCCAAAAGAUAGCAACAAGGAAGCAAGCCGAGACAUAACGAAAGACAUUAAAGAGAAAGACAAUUAUGAAUCGAAAAAGGAGAAAGAAGUUACUUCUGUUCAUCCGAAGACGGAGAAACAUGUGGCUCCUCCGACACCAGAAAUUCCUCAAGAAAACACUGUUACGCAAACAACUGUCAUAGAAAAACUGUCGAGUAAUAAGGAAACUGUAAAGGAAGCCUCCCCCAAAAUAGAGGAUAAUAAUAAGACAAAUCUGUGUAAUGCGCAAGCAAAAUCAGUUCCUAAUGAUGUUGUUGAUCAUGUACAAGUUAGGGACGAAACUGACUUGGAGGCAAUAGUAGCACAAAAGAACGAAGAAAAUUCGAAGGUAUCGGCAAUUCGAACGCCUAACGAAGAAAAGCAGCCAGUAGCACAUCCGGUUAUAGAAAAAUCAAAUGAAGCCGAACCUCCAGCUCAAACAGAGACACCGGUUACGAAUCAGAUAACACUCAAAUACAAAUAUAACGAUGAUCAAUGGAGUCCCUUAAAUAAAAGUGGUAAAAAGAUUUAUGAUCGCGAAUUUUUAAUAAACUUGAAGAACGACCCUAACAGCAAAAUCAAACCAUCGAAUUUGCCCGACUUAGACGUUGUCUUGAAAGAUAGUUCAAAGGCACGAACUACCAUCGACAUGAGACAAUUUAAAGAUUCAAACAUGAAUAGGCAUGACAUGCUGUUCCCUGGAUUCAUAAAACCAAAUCUAAAUCCACGAGUGCUACCAACGAAUCGUACUAAGAGUCAUUCAGGAAGAUCAUCGAAGCCAACGAAACCAAACGUUAUUCACCUGUCGUUGUCCCUCAGGGAAGAUGUAAAAUUAAGAGAGGCAGAAAAUGCAUGGAGACCAACAAGAUUAAAAAAAACUACUCUUACCGAAGAAGAAACAAAGUCAGAAGCUCUUUACAAGAGAGUUAGAAGCGUAUUGAAUAAACUAACGCCCGAGAAAUUUGAUACUUUAGUUGAUCAAGUGCGUGCACUGCCUAUUGAUACACCAGAACGUUUGCAAGGCGUUAUCAAUUUAGUCUUCGAAAAGGCUGUUGAUGAACCAAGUUUCUCUGUAGCAUAUGCUUUGAUGUGUAAAGAACUUGCAAUGAUGGAAGUGUCAGGGUCAGAGAAAGAAACUGACCAACAAGAAUUCAUUUUCAGGAAGCUUAUUGUUACUCGUUGCCAAAAUGAAUUUGAAAAAAAUUCAGUAAACGAAGAGGCAAGGAUUUCGAAACUUAAAGAAAUUGAAGAAUGUACAGAUCCUGAUAAGAAGAAAAUUUUACAACUAGAACUUGAAGAGGAAGAACGUCGAAUACGUAUCAAAUCAGUAGGAAACAUACGAUUUAUUGGUGAAUUGUACAAACAAGGAAUGUUAACAACUAUGAUCAUGCGUCGUUGCGUAAAACAGUUACUAGAUCAAAGCGAUGAAGAUAGUCUCGAAUGUUUGUGCAAGUUGUUAACAACGAUUGGAAAAGAUUUGGAAAUGAAAGGACCUGUAGAAGAAAUGCAAGAUUAUUUCAGUAAAAUGCAAGAUAUUAUUUCACGACGAGCACAAGGGAAAAUUAGUUCUAGAAUUCGUUUUAUGCUGCAAGAUGUCAUAGAUUUAAGAGCGAAUAGAUGGGUUUCGAGAAGGAAUGACAGUACUCCUAAAACAAUAGAUCAAAUUCAAAAGGAAGCAGAGUCUGAAAGAGUCUUAGAUAGCCAAUUGAGUAAUACUCCUCUGAAUACUCCUCGAAAGGAUGAACGUACCAGUGAUAGAAAAAGAAAUCGCGGUGUUGGUCCAACUGAUGAUGCUGGUUGGAGUCAACCGGUUGUAAGAACAAGACAACCAUAUUCUGUUGAAACAGCAAAACUGAAACAUAAACCCCCUCCAAUGGACGAUAUGCAAUUAGGAAGUAGAAACACGUACUUGUGGAAACAACCUCUGAAUUCUGGUUCAAAGGCAAUGAGUUCUUCAAAUAAAUUUGCAUGCUUAGGAAAUGUGACCUCCUUAGAUCAAGAUAAGAGGGUGAUGGCACCACAACUCUUUGGAUCAAGAUCCACUGGUCCUAGAGAAUAUGGUCGGGACUACAAAUCUUCUUACGAUGGCAGAGGUUCGCGCAAUGGUAGUCAUCAAUUAAGCAGUUCAUCAUCGAGUAGAGAAAGCUCGUCAAUAGAUAAUACACAAAGUCAAAGUGUUUCUUUGCCACCAACGUUAAAAUCCUCACAAUCUACUCCUAGUAGUCAUAGUAAACCUUUAACAAAAGAGGAAUUUAAGCAAGUUUUCGAGAAGAUACUUAUAGAGUAUCUAAAAAAUACCGACAUUGAAAAAGCUGCAUCGGCUAUUCAACAAAACUUCGAAAAUACAUUACCAAAAUUCGUACUUGAGUUGGUCAAUUACGGUUUUGAAAAAUCACCUACUGACAGAAUGUAUGUGUCGCAGCUUAUUUCGCAUUUAAUCAGUCAGAACAUUAUGUCUUUGCAACAGUUUAGAUCCGGGUUCAUUGAAAUAUUGGAAGAUGUCGAGGACCUUUCACUCGAUAUACCUAAACUCUGGUUGUAUCUGGUGGAAAUAUUGUCCCAUCCAUUAGAAACUGAAGUAAUCCCUCUAUCAGAAUUGAAACCUGUAUUUGAUAAUUUAAGAGGUCGAGGAUAUGUAGGCAGAUUUCUUGGGGAAUUGUUACCAAAACUAUCCCAAAAUAAAGGGUCUAAAUGGACCGCAGAAAAAUGGGACCAAAGUGGACUUCAAUUGAACACUAUAAUUGAUCCAAAAUGUGAAGAUGCUAACAAAAUUAUCGAAGACUAUAAGUUAGAGUUCUGCACUGGUGAUUGCAAUAGUGCCAAAAGCUCAACUAAUAAUCAACUCACGUUACAACAUAUUCAAACUGAACUUAAAAGACUCAUGAAGGAAAGUAAUUUUGAUGUGAUUUGUGAUUGGAUAAUUGCGAAUGUAGGUAACCGAGUCAAGGAACCAGAAUUUAUUCGAGUAUUAACGACUGCCAUUUUAGAGACGUCCAUGAAGUUUGGCAAUAACAAGUUGCAUCUUAAAACUGAGAUUCUUACUAAUUUACAACAGUUGAUUCGUCGGUUCGUUGAUGCAAAUGAGUCCCUAGAAUUACAGUGUCUUUACGCGAUUCAACUUCAUUUGCAUAAAAUACAAUAUCCACCCGGGAUUCUCUUUGAAAUUAUGACAAGCUUGUCGGACUAUAAUAUAAUUUCAAGCGACGCGUUCCUGACGUGGAAAGAUAGCCCCGAGCCAGCUCAACGCGAGUGGCAUGGUAUUGCAACGAUGGCGUUAACAUCGUUUUUCACUGGCUUACAAGAAGUUGAUGAUGCUUCCAGUGUAGAAGACGUAUCAACUGAUGUGAACCAAGACCGUUGUUGACGAUACCGUGAUCGAGUACAUUAUCGUCUGUUUAAAGACUUAAAUAUACGUUCCCUCGUCAAAAAAAGAUACGCGAAGUGAGAUCAAAUUGCAGUUUUUUUGUCUUUUUUUUUCCUUUAAGGAAAAAUGUGGUAUAUAUUGAAGAAAACAAUGGUGUGAUAGUAGUGCGCGGGUGUAUGUAAUAUAGUCUAGAACUUUGAAGAACAAGAAGUGGAAGAUAAUAAAUAAGGUUGUCAUAUAAAAAAGGAAAACACAAUGACCGAAGGCCGCUAUUAUACAUAAUGAAGAUAAAGAUUAAUUAUUAAUAAUGAUACAAAAGUAAAUACAAGAUAAUUAUUAUAUAUAAUUCAUUGAAAUGAUUUAAAGUUUAAAUAAAGCAAAAAAAAAAAAACAACUCGAGAAUAUUAUCGUAUAUCUUAUGUCUUGCGGAAUGUCACUACAGCUUGUGAAUCGCCCAAUAGAACUGAAACUUAUGAUUUUUUUUUUCAUGCAUGAUCUCGGAAGAUCGAGAAAUGCUACUUUCAAUUUCACUGAGCGAUAUCAUAGAGCAACUGAAGCGUUUUGCUGUACGGUUUAGUUAACAAAUUGCCGAACGCAGAUGUGUAUAAGUAGGUCCAUUUUAAGUAAAUUAAAUUUAAAAAAUAAGCAGAAGGAAACUAUUGAUAACCAAGUCUGAUACAAGGGCGGCGGUUCUUCCUAUUAUUAUAACGAAUAUAACAGAAUUACUAAUUUAUAUCUUUGCGAACUUACAAUGUAUUCUACUGUAAGAAAAAACCGUUCGUAACUAAGAAAGAAUGAGAGUGAAAUGUGUAACAUAACAUUACGAAACUAGGGUUCGUAGUGUAGAAUAUGUUGAAAUUAGGAAACGGAAGGAUACAAAUGGUGUGCAUAUUAAGGCGCUACUAUUUUUUAACACUAGUUAUUUAUAAUCAUUGAGAGAACAGAUUAUAGUGCGUGGGAUGGAAUGUCUGCAUGUAUUCAGGUGGCAGGUGCCGUAGCAAAUUGUAUAAAAUUGUUAUACUAAUUUAAAGUACAGUGUGAAAAAUACCAUUUCCUUUGAAUAUACUACAAUAUAUAUAAAAGGGAAAUAAGUAGAUUUGAGUGCAGUUAUUAUGAAAAAUUAUUUUUAUUUAACUCUAGAAGAGAAUUUUACAUUGAUUUUGUCUAACAUUUCUGAUGUUACUAAAUAUACUCUCCUUAU